UGGAGCGGAGGUAAGAUGGUGGUCGCUGGGUGAAUUCUGUCUGUCUGUUCUCAAUUAGUUUUGUUUUGUGAAGUUGCUGCCUUGUAAUUGUAGCUGGAUGUUAUGCUGCAGUUUAUAGUUUAGUGAUCCUCUUGUGGAGAGAAAAAUGAAAAGAAAAAGUAUUUCUGGCAUAUAUGUAUACCAUAACUACCUUCUGAAGAAUUCUGCAAGAUCCCUUUUUUAGCAGACAACCUGUUGCAUAAAGAUGGAAGACAUACCUGAAAUAUACACUAUCUCCGAGGGCGAGGUUGCAACCGUAACGGAAUAUGGAGCAUUUAUUAAGAUUCCUGGUUGCAAACGGCAAGGUCUUGUCCACAAGUCACAAAUGUCAGCAGGACGGGUGGAUAAUCCAUCUGAGAUUGUGGAUGUUGGAGAAAGGGUCUGGGUUAAAGUAAUUGGGAAAGAGGUAAAGGAUGGCAAAGUCAAGAUCUCUCUUUCAAUGAAGUGUGUUAAUCAAGGAUCUGGGAUGGACAUCGAUCCAAAUAAUGUGGCUCUUGAUCAGGAUGAGAGGAGAAAACGCACGUUCAAGGACUUCACAACGCAAAGGAUAACACUUGAAGCUGUACUGAACACACUUUGCAAAAAGUGUGGAUGUAAAGGUACUUAUUACAUGCAUUAUUGUUCAUAUUCAAUCAAAUGUUUCUUUGAAAAAAAUACAGAUAAAAUGGAGCUGAUGUUAGUUUUAGCAGAAUUAAAUAGAGACCAGUAAAUUGCUUUGAAUGUU